UCUUUAUCGGUGCGGAUCCGUGUUGGGCGCGGUCAAAAAAAUAAAAAUUUUAGAAAAACCUCAGAAACUUAUUAAUUGUGAUUUAACUGUUGUGAUACUAGUUAGAUUUAUGGAAAAUAUUAAAGUUGUGCACUAGAUUCACAAGUAUUUGCAAAUUUUAGACGUAAGAAUAUCAACAAGCUAAUAAAAAGAAAAAAAAUAAAUUACACCCAGUUCUUUGGCACCAUCCCACGCGCACGACCACCUCAGGGUGAAUAAAAAAUGGAUGGAGGCAGUGGAAGUAGCAACUCGGAUCCCCGGUUCGAGUUCCUUGGUUCGUUUGUGCAGAAAACGCUCAAGUUGAAGCCGGAAAAAUGGCACCGUUUAGUCACAUUUGAAGAGCACAAAGCUGUUAUGAAGGAAUUUUUCGAUAAUCCUGCAUCGUUAGUCUUGAUAAUUAUACUCACUCCAUCAGCACAGUUAAUCCCUAUAGUAAGUUUUCCAAUUCAACAGUUAAAAAAUAAAGGAGUUUAUUUUGUUAAGAAAAAUGCGAUAGAAGUACCCCGCGAGGGUUGCAAAGAUUGUUUAGUAGUAGGUGAUUUAGCGACUCGUACUAUCGAUCAGCUCUCAUGCCUUGUGGAUGAAAUCUUCGUACCCCUGCUGUCCAACUCGGAAAAUCACCAAGGGUGGCCAGAAAUGGUCGCACAAGACGUACAAAAGCAGGUUCACAGCCUGAAAAGCACCGUCUAUCAAGUCCAGGGUCAAGUUAGUGGACAGACCGUUCUACCAAUGCCCGUAGGAGUUGAUAAAUGUGUGCAGACCGCAAAAGAGCUAGUGGUCAAUGCAGAAUGUUCGAUCAAUCUCUAUCUGAAGAGUGCGAUCGAAGGCGUUGUAAUCAAAUGGGCCACCCAGGUGAAUGACGUAAUGCUUGAAUCCAGUGCGAAUGCCUUCAACGGCGGUCAAAAUCCAGUCCCUUCCGCUGAGAUCAACUUUUGGAAUAACCGGUUGAAAAAUCUUACUUACAUCUACGAGCAGCUACGUCACGAGAGAAUCCGAAGCAUGGCUCUUAUUUUGGAGUUCACCGAUAGCGCAUACUAUCCUUGUUUUAAGACACUGUUUAAAAAUGUAGUUACAGCCCUGGCUGAAGCACGUGAUAUAACACUGUACCUGAAUCCCCUAACCCGGCAUUUCCAACAGUUGGAGGAUACCGAGUUUUCCGAGUGUAAGGUGCUGUUGAAACCGUUGAUGCACGUCGUUUGUUUGAUUUGGUCCAACUCACUGUACUAUUGUCACUCUGCAAAGUUAAUCGUUUUACUCAGACAAAUUUGUAACUUGAUUAUACAACAGGCCAAACGGUUCCUCGAUCCGUCGUCGAUCUUCCACAGUGACAUCGAUGAGGCCAUGCAGCGUAUCUCACUGUCGAUUCAAAUUCUCAAGUACUUCCGUACCGUUUAUGAUGAAUACAAAGACAACAUCGCUCCGUUUUUUAAAGACCGCCCAGUGGUCAACUGGACUUUCCAUCCGAACGCCGUUUUUGAGAGAUUCAACGCGUUCCUCGAACGACUGUUCACCAUCCAGUGGUUCUUUAAUACGGUGAUCGAGUUUCUCAAGCUUGAGAAAGUUGAAAUCGGUGGCCUAAAGGGGCGAGCACUGAGCGCACGCAUCACGGGUGUUUCCGUCGAAUUCAACCAGUGCUUCUCGGUGUUUGCCUCGAAAACCUACGACGUCUUGGAUCCGGACGAUCCCACAUUCAAGGAGGACUUUGUGAAAUUCCAAGAUCGCAUCCUGGAGCUGGAUUUGAAGCUGGCAGCUAUUCUAUGCCAGGCGUUCGACGACUGUCAUAACUUGGAGAGUGUCUUUAAGCUGAUCAGCAUAGUUGGAACAGUGCUGGAUCGCCCGAAGAUCCGAGAAGAAUUCACAGGCAAGUACCGCCAGAUAUUGUACAUGAUCGACGAAGAGCUUAGCACUUGCGAAGAUAUCUUCGAUAUGCAAAUGGAGUACCAUCGCAAGGACGGCCAUAUUUUCGUUGAUCGAAGUGCUCCUCCGGUAACGGCUUGUCUCCGCUGGGUCCUACAACUAACCAACCGGAUCACUAAGCCGAUCAAGCAGUUUCAGACUUUGCAGCACCCGGUCGUUCAAUCGGACGAAGGUUUAAUGUUGAUCAUUCGAUACGACGAGUUGAUCGAGAAAUUGAACGCUUUCGAACGAUCGAUCUUCGAUGCAUGGGCAGAAACCGUCGAUGAAACAAUCGAAGUGAAUCUUGAUAAGCCUUUGAUUGUUAGGAAGCGCAACAGUGCUGAACUGGCGUUGAACUUCAGUCCACAUCUGUCCUCGAUUCUGCGAGAAGUUCACUAUCUUCGAUUGAUGGAGAAAGAAGGAAUUCCAGAUCGUGGAUUAGAGUUUUCCGAAAAGAGUGAUAUAUACCGUUCAUAUACAUUGAAUCUGGAGAAAACAGUAGAAUGGUAUAACAAAAUUAGACGCAACUGCACCGAGGUGGAGCUGGAGUUGAUUAAGGGUGAGAUAAAAGUAAUCGAUGAACUUCUAGAAAGGGCGAUCAAUGAGCUUACUUGGAACUCCGAGGGCGUUACCGAGUACAUGAUGAAAAUUCGCAACCCAGUUGAACAGCUCCAAGGUCGUAUGCAAAACAUACAGGCUAAUUUGAAGGAAAUUCGAGCAAUUAUGUCAUCUUGGGCUAAGGCGCCAUUGUUCGAACGAAAAGAUUCCAAAAAGGAUACCGUUCUCUGUUUGGAAGAGCGCAAUGAUCGUAAAACGAAGCGGUAUGCUGAGCUGGAAGCGGCUGCUGUUAAAGUUCACCAAUUGCUCGACGCAAACAUGCAUCUGUUUGGAAUGAACGAAACGCAAGAAGAUGAUAAUUGGAUUAAAUACGUUAGAUUUGUGGAUAAUAUCGUUUAUGAUAGCUUGUUGUUUAUGAUUGGUAUCAGCAUGGGAUACCUCGUAGAAAACAUGGAUCCAAACAACAACCUUGCGCCACUAUUUGAAUCCCGUCUGGAACUAUUGGAACCAGAAUUGGUGUUUGUGCCUUCUCUAAAUCCAACUGAUCCCAACGGUUUCAACUUUUUGCUGGCCGCAUUGGUUACUGACAUUACUUACAUGUCUUCGCUGAUUCCUAGAUUGUUGAAAACCGCCGAUGAAACAUAUGAUCAAAAAAUAACGAACAACACUGACAUUCAAGACAUGAAAGUCGAGAUUCUUCAAGGCGUAGACAGAGUGAUUCAAGAAGCAGCACAAUUCUGUAGAGAUUUUGAACGAUACAGUUACCUAUGGCUUGAAGACCGCGAAUUCAGCAUGGAAAUAUUUCUGGAAUACGGGCGUCAGUUGGAAGCAGAUGAACUAGAAAUGAUCUCCAACAAAGACCCUGACGCCCCACAACCUUGUCCGCCAACAAUUGAAGCUUUCCGAGAGCAAAUUGAUCACUAUGAGUCUUUAUAUUUAGAAAUAGAAAAGAUAGAACCUUUUCAGAUCUUCAACGCGUGGUUUCAAGUAGAUGUUAGACCAUUUAGACAGUCACUAUUGAACAUUGUUCGGAAGUGGGGCAACAUGUUCAAAGAUCAUCUUGUUACCAAUGUCACAUAUAGUCUUACGGAUUUGGGCAAAUUCAUUAGAAAAGCAGAUGAAGGCUUGCUUCAGAUUGUGAAGGAAGGAGACUACGAUGGAUUAGUCAACAUUAUGGCUUACUUACUGCACGUUAAAGAACGCACCGCAACCACGGACGAAAUGUUCGAGCCCAUGAAAGAGACUAUUGAGCUACUGAAAUACUACGAUAUGGAUAUCCCAGAAGAGGUCAAUGUGUAUCUGCAAGAACUACCGGAACAGUGGGCCAAUACCAAAAAGAUUGCACUCACUGUUAAACAGCAAGUUGCACCUCUGCAAGCGAACGAAGUUGUCGGCAUCCGAAACAAGAUAGCCGCAUUCGAUCUGCACAUUACCCUGUUCAGAGAUAUCUUCCGUACAUACGAGUUCUUCAAGUAUGAUUGUGCUUUUCCGUACAACUUGUUGAAUCGUAUAAAUGGAGACAUGGAGCGGUUGGAGAAGGAUAUGCAAGACAUACAUGAAUCAGGAAGCCUGUUCGAAGUGCCGGUGCCCGAGUUCAAACUGCUGAAGCAGUGUCGCAAGGAAAUGAAAAUGUUAAAGCAACUUUGGGAUUACGUAUUUAUCGUACGUACCAGUAUUGAGGACUGGAAGACAACCCCUUGGCGGAAAGUCGACGUUGAAAACAUGGAUAUUGAAUGCAAAAAGUUUGCGAAGGACAUUCGUUUACUGGAUAAGGAAAUGCGACCGUGGGAUACCUACAUGACACUGGAGGCCACCGUGAAAAAUAUGCUGACCUCGCUGAGAGCUGUCGGUGAACUGCAAAACCCGGCGAUUCGCGAGCGUCACUGGAACCAACUGAUGUCGUCAACUAAGAGUUUAGCUAAUCUGCCGCCCGAGAUUACAGUCCAAUUCAUUAUGGACAAAAACACAACCCUAUCAGAUCUUCUAGCUCUGAAUCUACACGAAUGCGAAGAAGAGGUCAAGAAUAUCGUUGAUAAAGCCGUUAAAGAGAUGUCCAUGGAGAAAAUUCUCCGUGAUUUGAACACCACGUGGUCAUCGAUGGAAUUUGAGCAUGAAAUUCAUCCACGUACCGGAUGCUCUCUACUCAAGGCUUCCGAAGAACUUAUCGAAACACUCGAAGAAAAUCAGGUGGUUCUGCAAAACUUGAUGACCUCCAAGUUUGUCGCUCACUUCCUCGAGGAAGUAUCGGGCUGGCAAAAGAAACUCACCACCGCCGAUCAGGUCAUAACAGUUUGGUUUGAAGUCCAGAGAACCUGGACUCAUCUAGAAUCGAUUUUUAUGAGCUCGGAAGAUAUCCGAAAGCAACUACCAGUCGAUUCGGCUCGAUUUGAUCGGAUCGAUGCCGAUUUCAAAGUGAUGAUGGAGGAGAUGUCCAAGACCUCAAACGUGAUUCACGCUACGAAUCGAGAUGGUUUAUGCGAGAAACUCGAUGAACUACAGAGUCAACUAACCCUUUGCGAGAAAGCAUUGGCAGAGUAUCUAGAAACAAAACGACUAUACUUCCCCAGAUUCUACUUUGUAUCGUCUGCAGAUUUGCUGGAUAUUCUGAGUAACGGUAAUCGACCUGAAGUGGUCUGCAAACAUCUUACAAAGCUGUUUGAUUCAAUUGCAAAGCUCAAAUUUCAAGCAGAACCUGAUGGAUCUACGAAAUUCUCUCUUGGUAUGAUAGCCAAGGACACCGAAUAUGUCAAAUUUUACGAACUAUGCGGAUGUACGGGACCGGUUGAAGUCUGGUUGAACCAAGUGCAAAAAUCUAUGAGAUCGUCACUCCGUAGUUACAUCGCGGAAGCUGUCGUAGCAUACGAGGAGAAACAGCGUGAACACUGGCUGUUUGACUACCCGGCGCAGGUCUCACUUUGUGGCACGCAAAUCUGGUGGACAACGGAAGUCAACAUCGCCUUUAGCCGACUUGAGGAAGGUUACGACAACGCUAUCAAAGAUUAUUACAAGAAGCAAAUCUCACAACUUAGCACACUGAUCACCCUGUUGCUUGGUGAACUAACUAGAGGCGAUCGCCAGAAGAUCAUGACGAUCUGUACCAUCGACGUCCACUCUCGAGACGUUGUUAGUAAACUGAUUCAGUCCAAAGUAGAAAGCGCCUCAGCUUUCCAGUGGCAAUCACAACUUCGUCAUCGUUGGGACGAUAUAGAGAGGGACUGUUUCGCGAAUAUCUGCGAUGCUCAAUUUAUCUACAGUCACGAAUACCUUGGAAAUACGCCACGUUUGGUGAUCACUCCACUGACCGAUCGAUGCUACAUCACUCUGACGCAAUCUUUGCAUCUGGUCAUGGGAGGAGGUCCAGCUGGACCAGCGGGUACAGGGAAAACCGAAACUACUAAGGAUCUGGGCCGAGCGCUCGGAAUAAUGGUCUACGUAUUCAACUGCUCCGAACAGAUGGAUUACAAGUCCUGCGGUAAUAUAUACAAGGGCCUUGCGCAAACUGGAGCCUGGGGAUGUUUCGACGAGUUUAACCGAAUCUCCGUCGAAGUGCUGUCGGUAGUUGCCGUGCAAGUUAAAUCGGUACAGGACGCCAUUCGGGAUAAAAAGGACUUGUUCAACUUUAUGGGAGAGAUUAUAGCGUGCGUCCCAACUGUAGGAAUAUUUAUCACCAUGAACCCGGGUUACGCAGGUCGCACAGAGUUGCCUGAAAACUUGAAGGCUCUAUUCAGGCCAUGUGCCAUGGUGGUACCUGACUUUGAACUGAUUUGUGAGAUCAUGUUGGUAGCAGAAGGUUUUCAGGACGCCCGUGUUCUCGCUAGGAAGUUUAUUACCUUGUACACACUUUGUAAGGAAUUGCUCUCUAAGCAGGAUCACUACGAUUGGGGUUUGCGAGCCAUUAAAUCCGUGCUUGUCGUCGCCGGAUCUCUCAAGCGCGGAGACCCAGGACGUCCGGAAGAAGAAGUGUUGAUGCGAGCGUUGCGAGAUUUUAACAUUCCCAAAAUUGUCACUGAUGAUAUGCCCGUAUUCAUGGGCUUGAUUGGUGACCUAUUCCCGGCCCUCGAUGUCCCCAGAAAGCGAGACAUGGAAUUUGAGAAAACGGUGAAACAAGCCACCCUUGACCGUGCCUUGCAACCAGAAGACAACUUCAUUCUAAAGGUUGUUCAACUUGAAGAACUGUUAGAAGUUCGACACUCCGUAUUUAUCGUAGGCAAUGCAGGAACAGGCAAGACACAAGUUUGGAAAACACUAUAUAAAACAUAUCAAAACAUGAAGAAGAAGCCAGCCUUUGACGAUCUCAAUCCGAAAGCUGUCACCAACGAUGAACUUUUCGGAAUUAUCAACCCUGCGACCAGAGAGUGGAAAGACGGACUUUUUUCGGUCAUCAUGCGAGAACAGGCUAGCCUUACUGGAGAUAAUCCCAAGUGGAUUAUUCUCGAUGGCGACAUCGAUCCCAUGUGGAUCGAGAGUCUGAACACUGUAAUGGAUGAUAACAAAGUUUUGACAUUGGCUUCUAACGAGCGUAUUGCCUUAACGCCAUAUAUGCGACUUAUUUUCGAGAUAUCAAACUUGAGAACGGCCACUCCGGCCACUGUUUCAAGGGCUGGUAUUCUUUACAUAAAUCCCCAGGAUUUGGGAUGGAAUCCUUAUGUAACGAGUUGGAUCGAAACUCGAACAAUCCCAGCCGAAAAGUCCAAUUUGGUCAUCUUAUUCGACAAGUACAUUCCAGCCUGCCUGGACAACAUACGCACGCGGUUUAAGAAGAUUACCCCGAUCGCUGAGAUGGCCCAUAUACAAAUGCUGUGUCACUUAUUGGAGUGUCUUUUGAUCCCAAUCAAUACUCCCGCUGAUUGUCCGAAGGAGUGGCAUGACUUAUAUUUUGUGUUCUCGUGCGUUUGGGCAUUCGGUUCAGCUAUGUUCCAAGACGCGGCUAUCGAUUAUCGCGUUGAGUUUAGCAAAUGGUGGGUCAAUGAAUUCAAAACCGUCAAGUUUCCACCUACCGGAACCGUAUUCGACUACUUCAUCGACACUGAAACCAAGCACUGGACUCCAUGGACGGAGAUACUUCCUAAAUUUGAAAUGGACUGCGAUCAACCGCUGCAGGCCGUAUUGGUUCAUACGUCCGAAUCAAUUCGCUUAAGAUUCUUCCUCGAUUUGUUGAUGGAUCGUGCGCAUCCUGUGAUGCUUGUUGGUAUUGCAGGUUGUGGCAAAACGGUCGUCGUCAACGAAAAAUUGGCAAACUUAUCCGAGAACUUUGCCAUCGCGAACAUCCCGUUCAAUUUCUAUACCUCUUCUGAGAUGCUUCAAAAAGUUAUGGAGAAACCAUUAGAAAAGAAAGCGGGUCGUAACUACGGUCCUCCCGGAAGCAAAACGCUAAUCUACUUUAUCGACGACAUGAACAUGCCAGAGGUGGAUGCCUACGGAACGGUUCAACCUCAUACACUGAUCCGACAACACAUGGAUUACAGUCAUUGGUACGAUCGGAAUAAGCUCACUCUAAAAGAUAUUCACAAUUGCCAAUACGUAUCGUGUAUGAAUCCCACCUCGGGUAGUUUUACGAUCAACCCUCGAUUGCAACGUCAUUUUUGUGUAUUCGCUGUGAGCUUUCCCGGCUCUGAGGCUGUUACCACCAUCUAUCAUUCGAUCCUUCUCCAGCACUUUGCGAAUGCGGAACAGAAAUUCAACAUAGCUGUAACUAAAAUAUCACAAAAUAUUGUCGCAGCAAGUUUGGCUCUGCACUCUAAAGUGGCACAGGUGUUUCUACCGACGGCCAUCAAGUUCCACUACGUAUUCAAUCUACGGGACUUGACAAACGUUUUUCAGGGACUUCUGUUCAGUACAAAUGAUUGUCUGGUUACUUCGAACGACUUCAUUCGAUUGUGGUUACAUGAAACACAGCGGGUCUACGGCGACAAACUGCUGGAUGACAAGGACAUCGACAGCUUCACCAAAAUGCAGAAUGAUCUGGUGAAGAAGUCCUUUGAAGAGAUCGAUGAAUCGAUAGUGUUUGAUAAACCGAAUAUUUACUGUCACUUUGCCGGAGGUAUCGGUGAACCGAAGUACAUGCCCAUCACGGAUUGGGGCGUAUUGACAAAACUACUGCAAGAGGCAAUGAUGUCUUACAAUGAUCUCAUAGCUGCAAUGAACUUGGUCCUUUUCGAAGAUGCCAUGAUGCACGUUUGCAGGAUUAAUAGAAUUCUAGAAUCGCCUCGCGGAAGCGCCCUGCUGGUUGGUGUAGGCGGCAGCGGAAAGCAAUCGCUAAGUCGUUUAGCGGCUUUCAUCUCCAGUUUGGAAGUGGCUCAAAUUCAACUCAAGAAAGGAUACAGUGUCGCUGACCUAAAGAACGAACUUUCUGGAUUGUAUCUAAAGGCCGGGCUGAAGAACGUCGGUAUUAUGUUCUUAAUGACAGACGCUCAGGUCUCCAGCGAAAGCUUCCUGGUGAUCAUCAAUGAUCUACUUUCAUCGGGUGAAAUUCCGGAUUUGUUCCCGGAUGAUGAAGUGGAAAACAUCAUAUCCGGUGUCCGCAAUGAAGUUAAAGGAGCCGGUCUCGUUGAUACACGUGAAAACUGUUGGAAGUUCUUCAUAGAUCGUGUCCGACGGCAGCUCAAGGUUGUACUAUGCUUCUCGCCUGUUGGUGUUACCCUACGUGUACGAUCGCGCAAAUUCCCUGCGAUUAUUACCUGUACGCAAAUCAAUUGGUUCCACGAGUGGCCGCAGGAAGCUUUGAUGUCCGUGUCGUUGCGUUUCCUACAAGAGUUGACGAUUCUACCGGGCGAUUGCAAGGACUCAAUUGCACGGUUCAUGGCUUAUGUACACACCUCGGUCAACUCAAUGUCAAAAGUCUAUUUGCAAAAUGAGCGUCGAUAUAACUACACAACACCUAAGUCAUAUCUUGAACAGAUCAGCUUGUAUGACAAGCUAUUGAAGGAAAAGCACGGUGAGCUUCGUAAGAAGGUCGAACGGUUGGAGAAUGGUUUGGAAAAACUUCGAACCACGGCCGACCAAGUUGCAACACUGAAACAGAAACUAGCAGUUCAAGAAGUUGAGUUGCAAGAGAAGAACGAUGCUGCCGAUGCCCUUAUAGAAAUGGUUGGCGUAGAAACCGAUAAAGUACAAACCGAAAAGGCAAUAGCCGAUGAAGAAGAGCAAAAAGUGGCCGUCAUUGCCAAAGAAGUAGCAAAGAAGCAACGUGAUUGCGAAGAAGAUCUCGUUAAAGCAGAGCCAGCCCUGAUUGCGGCCCAGGAAGCUUUGAACACCCUCAACAAGGCAAAUCUAACUGAGUUGAAGUCGUUCGGCUCGCCUCCUGGUGCUGUGACCAACGUGACAGCAGCCGUUAUGGUUCUGCUUGCACCGAAUGGAAAAAUUCCAAAAGAUCGCAGCUGGAAAUCGGCUAAAAUCACGAUGGCGAAAGUUGACAGCUUCCUCGACAUGCUGAUAAACUAUGACAAAGAACACAUACAUCCUGAAAUUAUAAAGGCUAUUCAACCAUACCUGAAAGACACAGAGUUCGAUCCCGAUUUCGUAAGAUCUAAAUCGGCGGCAGCAGCCGGGCUCUGUGCAUGGGUAAUCAACAUUAUCAAAUUCUACGAUGUGUUUUGCGAUGUCGAGCCAAAGCGUAAAGCGUUGGCAGCGGCCAAUGCAGAACUUACUGCAUCGCAAGAAAAGUUGGCAAAUAUCAAGAAGAAAGUUGCUUCUCUGGAGGAACAACUUGCAAAACUGACGGCCGAUUUCGAAAAAGCUACCGCUGAUAAGCUUCGUUGUCAGCAAGAAGCAGACGCUACACAAGCCACAAUCCAACUGGCCAAUCGAUUAGUCGGUGGUUUAGCCAGUGAGAAUGUCCGUUGGGCUGAAGCGGUGGCUGAAUUUAUGCAACAAGCCACGACAUUACCGGGAGACAUUCUUCUAAUAACGGCUUUUAUAUCAUACGUCGGUUGUUUCACAAAACAAUUCCGGAUGGACUUGCUCAACAAGAUGUGGUUGCCAUUUUUGCGCGCUCUGGAACCAGGCAUCCCAAUUACGGACAGCCUUGAUCCAUUGAGAUUACUAACUGAUGACACUCAGAUUGCGACCUGGCAGAACGAAGGCUUGCCGAGCGAUCGUAUGUCCAUCGAAAACGCUACGAUUCUAUCUAACUCCGACCGGUGGCCGUUGAUGAUCGAUCCGCAGCUACAGGGUAUCAAAUGGAUCAAGCAAAAGUACGGUGAAGCCCUCAAAGUUAUUCGUUUGGGAAGCAAAGGUUAUCUUGAGAUCUUGGAGAAAGCGUUAGCCAAGGGCAGUACCGUACUGAUUGAAAAUAUUGGCGAAAAUGUAGACCCUGUGCUGAAUCCUUUGUUAGGAAGAAAUCUUAUUAAAAAAGGAAGGGCUAUCAAAAUAGGAGACAAAGAAGUGGAAUACAAUCACAGUUUUAGAUUGAUUCUACACACUAAGCUUGCUAAUCCGCAUUAUCAACCCGAAAUGCAAGCUCAAACGACAUUGAUCAACUUCACCGUUACCAAAGACGGCCUCGAAGACCAACUUUUAGCCGAAGUCGUCAAAGCCGAGCGUCCUGAUCUUGAGGAACUCAAAGCUGACCUUACCAAGCAACAGAAUGAUUUCAAAAUUAUGCUCAAGAAGUUAGAAGACGACCUCCUUUCGCGUCUAUCCUCAGCUGGUGGCAACAUCCUAGGCGACACAGCACUGGUAGAAAACCUGGAAACUACCAAGAAAACGGCUGCGGAAAUCGAGGAGAAGGUCACUGAAGCUAAGAUAACAUCGAAGGAGAUUGAUGAAGCUCGUGAACAUUAUCGACCGGCAGCUGCUCGAGCCAGCUUGCUAUACUUCAUCUUAAAUGACUUAAACACCAUUAAUCCGAUUUAUCAAUUUUCACUGAAAGCCUUCAGUGUAGUCUUCCAAAACGCUAUUUCAAGAGCUGAGCCAGCGGACACUGUUGCGUCCAGAGUUAACAACUUAAUCGAUUGCAUAUCAUUCUCAGUUUUCCAGUAUACUACUCGAGGGUUAUUCGAGUGCGAUAAACUUAUCUUCAUGUCUCAAAUGACAUUCCAGAUAUUGAUGAUCCGCGAGGAAAUCACCCCUGCAGAGUUGGAUUUCCUUUUGCGUUUUCCCAUCAAGCCACACGUGACUUCACCGGUGGAUUUCCUCACUAAUACCGCGUGGGGUGGAAUUUGUAGCUUAGCGUCCAAGGAUGAAUUCCGUAAUCUGGAUCGUGACAUCGAAACAUCAUCCAAGCGUUGGAAAAAGCUCAUCGAAUCGGAAUGUCCCGAAAAAGAAAAGUUCCCACAAGAAUGGAAAAACAAAACUGCUCUUCAGAGGCUUUGCAUGAUGCGUGCUCUAAGACCGGAUCGAAUGACCUACGCAAUGACUGACUUUAUCGAGGAAAAACUUGGAUCCCAUUACGUCGAAAACCGCACCAUGGAAUUUGCGAAAUCAUUCGAAGAGACUAGUCCUUCUACACCGAUAUUCUUCAUUUUGUCACCGGGUGUAAAUCCGCUGAAGGAUGUAGAAGCCUUGGGCAAACAGUUGGGCUAUUCUGCAGACAAUGACAACUUCUAUAACGUUUCGCUAGGCCAAGGUCAGGAAGUGGUUGCAGAGGCAGCCAUGGAUAAAGCAGCAACCUCCGGACACUGGGUUGUGCUGCAAAAUAUACAUCUUGUGAAAAAAUGGUUACCUUCGCUAGAGAAAAAGCUUGAAUACUACUCGGAAGGAUCACACGAGAACUACCGUAUAUUCAUGAGCGCAGAACCUGCUGCAACCCCAGCGGCUCACAUUAUACCCCAGGGUAUCCUGGAGUCAUCCAUCAAGAUCACUAACGAGCCACCUACCGGAAUGCAAGCGAAUCUCCACAAAGCCUUGGACAAUUUCACACAAGAAACGUUGGAAAUGUGUGGCAAAGAAGCUGAAUUCAAAGUUAUCCUCUUUUCUCUUUGCUAUUUCCAUGCCGUUGUGGCCGAACGGCGCAAAUUUGGACCCCAAGGAUGGAACAAAACCUAUCCCUUCAAUGUUGGUGACUUGAAUAUCUCCGUGUCCGUACUGUACAACUACUUGGAAGCAAACACUAAAGUUCCAUGGGAAGAUCUCCGUUAUCUUUUCGGAGAAAUUAUGUACGGUGGACACAUCACCGACGAUUGGGACCGCAGGACGUGUAUAACAUACUUGGAAGAACUUAUGCAACCGGACUUAGUUGACGGCGAACUGUUUCUCGCUCCAGGAUUCGCCGCUCCCCCGAAUACUGACUAUGUUGGCUACCAUGCUUACAUAGACGAUGCAAUGCCUCCAGAGUCUCCGUAUCUGUAUGGACUACAUCCGAAUGCAGAGAUCGGCUUCUUAACCACAACCUCGGAGAACUUGUUCAGGACUGUUUUUGAAAUGCAGCCUCGCGAUGCCGGCGCAGGGUCUGGAACAACGGUAACCCGCGAAGACAAAGUAAAACAGAUACUAGACGAGAUUAUGGAGAAACUUCCGGAGGAAUUCAACAUGGCUGAAAUCAUGGGAAAGGUAGAAGAACGUACCCCCUACGUAGUGGUCGCUUUCCAGGAAUGCGAACGAAUGAACUACCUAACCGGAGAGAUGAAGAGGAGCCUGAAGGAAUUGGAUCUCGGUAUGAAGGGCGAGCUGACGAUCACGUCCGACAUGGAGGAUUUAGAGAAUUCAUUGUUCUUGGAUCAAGUGCCUGUGAUCUGGGCUGCCCGCGCUUAUCCGUCGCUGCUGGGCUUGACCGGAUGGUUCGUCGAUUUGUUGCUAAGACUUCGCGAGUUGGAAACCUGGUCGGCUGAUUUUGUCCUUCCAACGUCUGUUUGGCUGGCAGGAUUCUUCAACCCACAGUCCCUGUUGACUGCCAUUAUGCAGUCAACGGCACGAAAGAACGAACUUCCGCUGGACAAAAUGUGUCUGCACUGUGACGUUACUAAGAAGCAAAAAGACGAUUUUACAGCUGGUCCCAGAGAAGGAGCGUAUGUACACGGAAUAUUUAUGGAAGGAGCUCGCUGGGACGUUCAACAGGGUAUCAUAAUGGAAUCCAAGCUCAAGGAGCUAUACCCACAAAUGCCAGUAAUCAAUAUUCGGGCCCUCACUCAAGACAAGCAAGAUCUGCGUAACAUGUACGAGUGCCCUGUGUAUAAGACGAGAACCAGAGGACCCACCUAUAUUUGGACUUUUAACCUGAAAACCAAAGACAAACCGGCGAAAUGGACCCUUGCCGGCGUAGCACUGUUACUCCAAGUUUAGAUUGAAAAUAGCAAACUGUGUAACCCUACUGAUAUUUAUAUUCUAUUGUGUUAUAUUUGAGAUUUUUGAUUGCACCAAGUUUGUAUUUGCAUUGUUAACUAAACAUAAGAAUUUAUAAUCGUUUAGUUUAUACUGAAGUUAGUCUAUAACAGUUGUAGAUUUCUUGUAAUAUCAUCAUAAUCGCAUAAUAAAAUCAAUUGCACCCAUUCAACACUGCAACGAAA